AUGAAAAGCAUGUACUUUGUUGCUGGGUUGCUCUUAAUGAUUGUUCAAAGCAGCUGGCAAAGUCCCCUUCAAGAAACAGAAGAGAAAUCCAGAUCAUUCAAAGCUUCCCAGGCUGAACCAUUAGAUGACUCUAGACAGCUGAAUGAAGUGAAACGUCACUCACAAGGUACAUUCACCAGCGAUUACAGCAAGUACUUGGACGCGAGACGAGCUCAAGAUUUUGUACAGUGGUUAAUGACCAGUAAAAGAAGCGGCAACGGACUUGCCAGGCGUCAUGCUGAAUACGAGAGACACGCUGACGGCACCUUCACCAGUGACAUCAGCUCUUUCUUGGAAGGCCAAGCUGCCAAGGAGUUCAUUGCUUGGCUAGUGAAUGGACGAGGAAGAAGAGAUUUCUCAGAAGAAGCUGGUACAGCUGACGACAUUAACAGAAGACAUGCAGAUGGCACUUUCACCAGUGAUUACAACCAACUCCUGGAUGAGAUGGCUACCCAAGAGUUCUUGAAGUGGCUGAUUAAACAAAAAGUGACCCAGAGGGAUUUGUUGGGAGAGUACCAAUAAGACGCAGAAUAAACAUGGCACAUACAUCAAGGUCUUCACUGCCU